AUGACCGAAUCGCCUGCAUCGUCGUCGCUCCAGACGCGGCUGACCACCACCUUCCCUCCAGCCGCGCUGCUCUCGCGAGAAGACCUCCAGGCGCUUGCUGCCGACGACUUCCACCCCCCGCCAGCCUCGUCUUCCCAGACCAGCGCCGACGCCAUCUCGCCAGACCAGGCGUUCUUUGAGGCGUUCUUCCACAGCCUGCCUCAGACACAGGCGCUGUACCGUGCACACGCCGACCUUCUGCGCGCCAACGAGGCCAAGGCGCAACGCAACCUCGAACGCCAGGCGCCGCUGCACGAGCUGCGCAACGAGACGCUCGAGCUGUUCGAGCGCGCCAAGAAGCUCGAAUCCGAGUGGGCGCAGCGCGAGGCACAGCUCUCCGAGGCGCACAAGCGCUUCAAUCCGUCGGCGCUGCACUUCAACCUCACGCAGUCGGCGAGCAAGCUCAAUGACCGCUCCGAGGAGCUCGCCAAUGCCUUUGUCGAGGGCCUGCCGUAUCCGACCGACGAAUCGGGCACCGCACCAGAGGGUGUGCUUGACGAUGCGGCGUUCGUGAGGAGGUACAAGCAGCAGAGGCUGUUGUUCCACAAGCGCAAGCUCGUUGCGGAUCGGUGGGCGAGAAACCAGGUGCACUGGUCCGACUAA